AUGAAAAUACUUGUUCUUAGCAAUUUAUGUUUAUUUCCUCAUUGGCAUCUUUGCUCAGAUCUCCUCGUUUCUACUGAUAAUAAGAGUGUUCGUCUCGACCGCCUCUUUUCCGUACUCUCCACUCAUGGGCCUGGUCUCGGCGUCAACCGGCCCGGCCUGCCCGAUGUCUGUAUUAUGCAUAUCAAUCAGCUAGACGAAUGGCGCCGACGUCGAGUCCUACAGCCUUCGCUGAAUUCGGCCCAUCAUUCCGAAAAUUCUGUGAAUGAUUUUGCCCCUCGUGGAACCGACAACCUUUUCCAUUUCGAUCGGGUUCUCGUAGACGUCCCUUGUUCCACGGAUCGGACGGCACUAACCGGUGACAUGGGAAGUUUGUUCUCGCGUGGAAAUGCCAAAUUACGCAUCAAUCUUCCUGACGUCCAGCUAGGCCUACUCAGGUACAUUAACUAG